UACCUCAAUCACAUCACAUUCUUACCACACUACUCACUGUUUGGCUGGCUAGCAACUCAGCUAGCUGUGACUUUAUUAUCUGGAAAGUAUUCAGUAAACUUGGUAACUACGUAAUAAAUUCAGACUCGUUCAAUGCGACAUUUGAGGUUGCCGUCCUGACUGAUUGUCGCUACUACCUAGGACUUCUGCGUAGCCCCUCAUCGAUUAGCUUCAUACUGUAUAGCUAGCCAGUAGCUAAGCCACAAAGCGGUGGCAGCUAGCUACCAUCGUCUCGCUCUAGCCCUGCCCCACACCCCUCACCGGCCUGGUGCAAGAAGAGGGGAAGCAAUCCUGUUGCUGGUGCCGCCUCUACUGUUUUAUUUCUACACGACGUUUCACUUGUUGGUUGCUUGCCGGGUCGAUUGCGCGACAAAGAAGUGGCAAUAUUCAACAGCCACACUAAACUGCCGGCGAGGACAAGUUUACCCACACUGACGCAACUGGACUGAGGUCAGGACAGGAGACCGCCUGUGAGUCGUUGUGUGUUGCCCGCGAGCUACAAUAGCUAACUAGCUACACAGACAAUUUUUGGUAGCUUGCUAGCAAGUGUCUUUUGCUGAGAAGAGUAUUGGCCAUCUAGCCUAAGCGGCAGAACAAACAUUUGACACGGACACUGUGAACCCUUUCGUUUGCUAACAGAUACAAGGUGGAGUGUAUCAGCUAGCUAUAAUUGCAGCUAGCAGGCCAGCUUUCCUGUGUUAAGUAAAGCUAACCUUAUUUUAUUAUCUGAUUCCAUUUAGCUAUUGAAAUGAAAAAGACUGUAGCCAGUUUUAAUGCACGUGUUUUUAAAUUAAUGCUAUGUUAACUGUGUCCACAUUUUAACUUAACACUUCAGUUAAGCGAGGUGGGUAGCUAACGUUAUAGUUUCGAUCUUUUGUAAAACGGAGGGUUUAAUAAUCUGGCUGGACACCCACGAAGAGAACUGGAAUUUAAUUGGAUACGGAUACAUUGUGACCAUUGUUUUAACUGGAUUAUAACAGCACCGCACCCACUUUAGUGUCAGUCGGAAGUUUUUUCAUUUCCCUCACCCUCGACAACACUUCCCCGUUUCUCUCCGAUGUGGAGUGUUGAGUAGCACCGGCAACCAAAACCCCACGGCGGCCGGUCAUGCUGAAGUGUAUCCCGUUGUGGCGGUGCAACCGCCACGUCGAAUCGGUGGACAAGCGACAUUGCAGCUUGAAGGCUGUCCCCGACGAGAUAUUCCGCUACAGCCGCAGCCUGGAAGAGCUUCUACUGGACGCCAAUCAACUUAAAGACCUACCCAAGCCUUUCUUCAGACUCCUGAACCUGAGGAAGCUUGGUCUGAGCGACAAUGAGAUCCAGAGGCUUCCUCCUGAGGUGGCCAACUUCAUGCAGCUGGUGGAGCUGGACAUAUCCAGAAACGACAUUCCUGAGAUCCCAGAGAGCAUUAAGUUUUGCAAGGCGUUGGAGAUCGCAGACUUCAGUGGAAACCCCCUCUCCAGGUUACCCGACGGCUUCACUCAGCUCCGAGCGCUCGCUCACCUGGCACUCAACGACGUGUCACUGCUGGCGCUGCCCAACGACAUCGGGAACCUGGCCAACCUGGUGACGCUCGAGCUCAGGGAGAAUCUGCUCAAGUCCCUGCCCACGUCGCUGUCUUUCUUGGUCAAACUGGAGCAGCUGGACCUGGGGAAGAACGAACUGGAAGUGCUGCCGGACACUCUUGGUGCUCUCCCUAACCUGAGGGAGCUGUGGCUGGAUCGCAACCAGCUGUCCUCUCUACCACCAGAGCUGGGGAACCUGCGGAGGCUGGUGUGUCUGGACAUCUCUGAGAACCGGCUGGAGGAGCUGCCCUCAGAGCUCAGUGGUCUGCUGGCCCUCACUGACCUGCUGCUCACACAGAACCUGCUGGAGAUAGUCCCUGAUGGAAUAGGCAGUCUGAAGCAGCUGUCUAUCCUGAAAGUGGACCAGAACCGCCUCACCCACCUCAGUGACUCCAUAGGGGAGUGUGAGAACCUGACCGAGCUGGUGCUGACUGAGAACCUAUUACAGACUCUGCCUCGCUCGCUGGGCAAGCUAAAGAAGCUGACCAACCUGAACGUGGACCGGAACCGCCUGGGCAGCGUCCCCAGUGAGCUGGGCGGCUUGGCCAGCCUCAACGUGCUCUCCCUCAGGGACAACCGGCUGACCAGGCUGCCCGCCGAGCUGGCCGAUGCCACAGAGCUGCACGUGCUGGAUGUGGCGGGGAACAGACUCCAGAACCUUCCAUUCGCCCUGGCCAACCUCAACCUGAAGGCCAUGUGGCUAGCAGAGAACCAGUCUCAGCCCAUGCUCAAGUUCCAGACCGAGGACGACGACAGGACAGGGGAGAAGGUGCUGACCUGCUACCUGCUGCCCCAGCAGCCCUCUCCUAGCCUGGAGAACCUGCUCCAGAACAGCGUGGACGACAGCUGGACCGACAGCAACCUCAACCGCGUGUCUGUCAUCCAGUUCCAGGACGAGACCAAGGGCGAGGAGGAGGAUGACGAGGCGGCGGCUGAGCGCAGGGGUCUACACCGCAGGGCCACCCCCCACCCCAGUGAGCUGAAGGUGAUGAAGAAGGUGAUAGAGGAGAGGAGGAACGAGGUCUACUCUGCCAGGCCUGAUGGAGAACUGGACUCUCCGGGAGCAGAGGAGAAGCGGCUGAGCGGUCUGUCCAACCAGAGCCACGACUCCCAGGCGUCCAACAGCACGGCAUCGGCCAACUCCCACGAGGAGAGGCGGGGCCUGAUCCCCACGGGGGAGGAGCUGGUGGAGGUCCGGGGCCGCGAGGAGGAGGAGCUGGACGAGAUGGAGGUCGAAUACAUCGAGCCUACGGUGCACUUUGCGGAGGAGCCCAUCAUCCGCGGCGGCGGCGAGAUGGAGGACGGCGAGGAGGAGGAGGGCGAGCGCAGCGAGGACGAGGAGGAGCGGGAGGGGCGGCGGGCAGCGCUCUCCUCGGAGAAGCAGCGGCUCAUCAGGAAGGACACGCCGCACUACAAGAAGCACUUCAAGAUCACCAAGCUGCCCCGGCCCGAAGCGGUGGCUGCCCUGCUGCAGGGCUUCACCCCCGAGGGCCGCCCCCCCCCCCACACGGGCCCCGAGAGGGAGGAGGAGGAGGACGAAGAGGAGGAAGAGGAGGAGGAGGAGGAAGAGUGUAAUGUCACCCCUCAGCGACACCACAGGGUAGAGGUGGCAGAGCUGGAGAAUAGCCGCCACCUACAGGUCAACUCCUCCCUGCAGCCUGUUAAGGGGGUGUCAUUUGAUCAAGUCAAUAAUCUGCUGAUUGAGCCUGCUCGAAUUGAGGAGGAAGAGCACAACCUGACCAUCCUGCGGCAGACAGGGGGCCUGGGCAUCAGCAUAGCCGGAGGCAGGGGCUCCACGCCCUACAAGGGAGACGACGAGGGGAUCUUCAUCUCCAGGGUGUCUGAGGACGGACCUGCAGCCAGGGCCGGGGUCAAGGUCGGGGACAAACUCCUGGAGGUGAACGGCGUGGACCUCCACGGGGCGGAGCACCACACGGCGGUGGAGGCCCUCCGCAGCUCGGGCUCCUCCGUCUCCAUGUCGGUGGUGCGGGAGCGCAUGGUGGAGCCGGAGAACGCCAUCACCACCACGCCCCUCCGGCCUGAGGACGACUACUUCCCCCGGGAGCGCCGCAGCAGCGGCCUGCCCUUCCUCAUGGACGCCAGCCCUCCCGCCCCCCGCCACCGCCUCUCCACCUGCCUGGUCCGCAACGACAAGGGCCUGGGCUUCAGCAUAGCUGGGGGGAAGGGCUCCACCGCCUUCCGUACGGGUGACGCGGCUAUCUAUAUCUCCCGCAUCGCCGAGGGCGGGGCCGCCCACAGAGACAGCACGCUGCGAGUGGGAGACCGGGUCCUCUCCAUCAACGGUGUAGACAUGACAGAGGCCAGACAUGACCAGGCAGUAGCGCUGCUUACCGGCACCUCCCCCACCAUCGCCCUCCUGGUGGAGCGGGACCAGGCGGCCCCGGGGGGCUCCCCUGGCCAGUCCCGCGCCCGCGCACACUCCCCUCCACCUCCAGAGCCCUCCGACUCCCCCGACCAGGAGGACCCCACCGACGAGCGCCUCUCCCCCCACGGGAACCACCUGAGCCAGCCGCUGGAGGAUGAGUACCCCAUAGAGGAAGUGAUGUUGGUGAAGGCAGGAGGCCCUCUAGGGCUGAGCAUUGUGGGAGGAAGCGACCACGCCAGUCACCCGUUUGGCAUCAGUGAGCCAGGGGUGUUCAUCUCCAAGGUGAUUCCACAUGGCCUGGCGUGUCAGAGCGGCCUGCGCGUUGGAGAUCGUAUCCUGGAGGUCAACAGCAUCGACCUGCGACACGCCACCCACCAGGAAGCGGUCAGAGCUCUGCUGUCCAAUAAGCAGGAGAUCCGCAUGCUGGUGCGCAGGGACCCCUCGCCGCCAGGGAUGCAGGAAAUAGUCAUCCAGAAGCAGCCAGGAGAGAAGCUGGGCAUCAGUAUCCGAGGGGGUGCCAAGGGCCACGCUGGCAACCCCUUCGACCCCACUGACGAGGGCAUCUUCAUCUCCAAGGUGAGCUCGAGCGGUGCGGCGGCGAGGGACGGCCGUCUGCAGGUGGGCAUGCGCAUCCUGGAGGUGAGCAACCACAGCCUGCUGGGGAUGACCCACACGGAGGCUGUGCGGGUGCUCCGUGCCGUGGGAGACACCCUGCUCAUGCUGGUGUGCGACGGCUUCGACCCCGGCAACGCUGCCACCAUAGAGGCUUCACCUGGAAUCAUCGCCAACCCGUUUGCCGGGAACAUCGUCCGCAAAAACAGCAUGGAGAGCAUCUCAUCUAUAGACCGAGACCUGAGCCCAGAGGAGAUGGAGAUACUGCAGAAGGAGUCGGAGAUGGUGAGGGAGACGUCCCAGUGGGAGAGAGAGGAAAUGGAAAAAGUGGAGCGCAUGCGUUUGGAGCGAGAGGAGGCAACGCGUCUGCUAGAAGAGGAGACCGAGAGCCUGAGCUCAGGGCCUCUCAAGCUGGACUACAGGACCCUGGCAGCCCUGCCCACCACCAGCCUGCAGAAGGUCAACAGGGCACCUUCCACUGAACCCCAGAGGACUGAAAGCCCCGUGAGAGAUGCCCCCUACUCCCCCAGCUUACAGCCGGCCAGCAUCCAUUUCACUUCCAACUCCACUGCCAAGGAGAACUCCUCAUCAACGAGGCCGGGGGCCAUCCAGCCUCUGUCUCGCGGCCGGCCCAGCACCUCCCCCGCUACGCCGGACGGACGCGCCAGCCCCAACCCCUUCCAACAUGGCCCCUCCCCCAUCAACUCCCAAACCCCUGAUCUCUAUGGCCUGAGGAACAAUGUCCACUCCAUGCAACCUUCUCCAGAGCCUCCACUGUACAACGAGGUGUUUGAGGAUGAGGUGGAGGGGGGGGUGGGGCUGCUGUCCCCUCUCUCUCCUGAGCGCCGGGAGUAUCUCAGUCUGGCGGCCGUGCCACGCCUCUCCAGACCCUCCCUGGAGCUGAAGACGCCCUCCCCCGGAGGCAGGGGCAGCCCCGAGCAGCGCUCCUUCAGAGACCGCCAGAAGUACUUUGAGAUCGACGUGAAGCAGCAGACCCCAGACAAGCCCAAGCCCCGCGUGUCCCUGGUGGGAGAGGACGACCUGAAGAAGAUGAAGGAGGAGGAAGCGAGGAUGCUGGACCAGCGGCCCAGGGAGUUCCUCCUGGACGAGGAGGAGGAGGAGGAGGAGGACCUGGCCAAGCAGAUGGCUGACAUGAAGGCCCAUGGCAAGGUUCUGCUGGAUGGGGUGGAGUACAAGGUGGAGAGUGUGGCCACGCCCCCUAGACACUGCUCCACCCCUCCCAGCUACAAUGCCACGCCCCCCAGUUACUGCGGCAGCUCAGGGACCUCCUCAGUCGAUGGGAAAGGAGACUCUCCGAGGAACUCUAUGGAGGAGAGCUUCAGGCUGGAGCAGAGACCCAACUCCAUGUCGGGGCUGAUCCCGGUGUACCCUGGGGAGUCAGGGGCUCCCAUCCGGACAGCCAAGGCUGAGCGGCGGCAGCAGGAGCGUCUGAGGAUGCAGAGCCCUGAGCUGGCCAUGCCCUCCGACAAGGACCUGUCCCCCGCCGAGAAACGGGCCCUGGAGGCCGAGAAGAGGGCCAUGUGGAGGGCAGCCAGGAUGAAGUCUCUGGAGCAGGAUGCGCUGAAGGCCCAAAUGGUCAUUGCCAAGUCCCGGGAUGGCAAGAAGCGAGGCACUCUGGACCAGCUGGCCGAGUCCCCCUCACCUGCCCCCACCCCCUCCCCCACCCCUCUGGAAGAUGUGAGUCCUCGGGGAGUGACGUCACCAGGCAGACUGUCCCUGUCAGAAAAGAAGUUUGACUACAGACAGUUUGCUGCCAUUCCUUCUUCCAAACCCGUAUACGACAUCCAGUCCCCAGACGCUGUCGAUGACAUCCAGUUUAUUGACGAUGGCUCCAGCAACCCAGUGCCCACCCUGAACCCCGAGGCUGAGGAGCUCCCAGCUCUGCCUGCCAGCUCAGCCCUGGAGGAGAUGGCGCUCUACAGCAACAAACGCAAGCUGAGACAAGGCCGCCGCAGCCUGGAGACUGCCGUGCCCACAUAACACCACACACACACACACACUGAGGCACACACACACACACAGGAGACAGUGAUCAUUCACUGCAACACACAAUUUGGGAGGUGAAUGUGCAACCACCAUAGAGAAUACAAUGAUGAUAAUCCCCACAUACACACCCAGUCAUAUCCUGUGUGCCAGUCUUCCCUUUACAGUGUGGGGAUUAGAUGGCGUAAAGCUGUGAUGCCAGGAUGAAGGGUUAGGAACAGGAGCUGGUGUGAUGCUUCAAGGCCAUUCUCCAACUUGGUUCAAUCUUCAGUUUGCGUUUUAGAAGCUGAAUUAUAUUAACAGGCGACUGAUAUGUUUGUAUUUUUUCGCCAUCUUUUGAUUUUGCUGUUAAAAAAAAAAAGAUAGAAAAAAAAUGAAAAUGUCCAGAAUGGGAGAGAAGAAAAAAAGAUAGAAUUGUAGCUGUAAUACUAACUUUUCAGAUGAUAUUUUGGAAGUUUUUAAGAGAAUAGAUUCUAAAUGUCAGGGUUUUUAGAGGGCUUCGAGAGGGAGGUGUACAUAUUAGGAGAGAGGAAUCUGCUACCUUCACAGUCUGGAGCGAGCAGGACGUUUGAAACACUACAUAUCUACUGCACUGCAACUGCAUAGCCUUUUUAAAACUGUAUUCUUUUUAAAUAAUUUAUUUUGCUUUUAAUGUGUUACUCAAAUCCAUUGACUCCUGGCCAUUACCUGUAUUUAUUCCAGCCAGAAUGCCACAGAGUGAUUCAUAUCAUUGUAUUCACUGUAAUGAAAUUAAGGCAAUAUUGUUGAGGACACAAAAGGCUUUAAAAACGAUUCAUUUGCAAAAACAUAUCGGCUGUAGCCUAUUUGAUUUUGAUUCUAUUCACUAUGAAAUCCCUCAGUGACAGAAUAGAGAGCAGGUGGAGUGGUAGAGCAGGUGAUCAAGUCUCCCUGGACCAGACUGGGGGGUCACACUGUUUAGUCAGGACCCUACAGUUGCUUGACCACACUGGAGAGACUAUCUGGUAGACAUACACACAGUAUAUAAACACACUUUCAACAACAUCCCAUACUUGGAUUGGCCUGGUAUUGUUUGGAACAUCAAGUCUAUUUAGCCACACACGCACACAUCUACAACCUCUUCUCUCUCUACUACUCUUUUCUACUUAACUAUGGGAACAUGUCGGCCAUAAUGCCUUUUUUCUCUCCAUUUAUACGGUACUUUCUCUGCCUUUAGUUGUGACGUUUCUCGUCAAUGUGAACUUCACUCAUAUCUCCUAACUGGGAGGUCCCAGGUUAGCUUGUGAAGGUAGCAGGUGUUUCUUUUGUUAUUUUCAAUUUUUAAUGAUCUGUUUUUAGUUAAUUUAAAUCUGACGCCACUGAAAAAAACAAAACGAUCCUUUAUUACAGUGUGAAUAAUGUACAAAUACAGAACAAAAAGGAAAGCAAAAGUUUGGGUUGAAACCAAGCCAGCGUGUCCCUGGGUCGAGCUGUAGUGUUGCUAGGUGUCUGGGGUGGCUAAAGACAGGGAGAUAAAUCUCGAGAGAAAUUCAACCUUUUUCUGAUCAUUCUAAAACUUUCCUCAGCUUUUCUCCCGCUCAGUGUGAUCUGUGCACCCGACUGCUUCGUUGGAGAAUCAUGACAGUAACAGGAGUAGCAUUUGUGUCAGUUUAAUGCUAAUCAUAGCUUUCCAUGUAGCUCUCGCUGACUGAAAUUCAGUUUGAUGGUAACAUCUGCGAUUGGGUGAAAUAUCUUUGUUUUCUUUUCUUUUUUUUACUCGCCGUAGGUAAAUCAUCCCACAAGUGGGAUUCACUACAUUUUUAAAGGAGCAUCUGUUUGAACUUUUCUUUUUGGGUUAUUCUCUUCUCAUGGGGAGAGAGGGAUGGUGGGGGGGAGGGGGGGAGUUCAAAUGAAUCAGAGGACAUGAGUGCUUGGGUCAGAGGUCAGAGAGCUCAACCAAGACUGUAACUAGUGAAUUUGUACAACCAAAGAAGUCUAUUUUGUGGUUCAGGAAUAAUAAAAGUUUACUUUUCAUUUAACAAGCUGAUU